AUGUCCUACAACUGUCUGCCUCCAGCAGCCCCCAAAGUUCUGGUGGAGAUCUGUGGACCUGCCCUGGCUGUAGUAGAACCCGACACUGCGACUGUCUAUACCCACGACCCCUCCAACCUGACCCGAGUGCCCAAUGCGGGCUACCAGGUGUCCGACCAGACCAGUAUUCGGUUUAUGACUGCCCACAAGACUCAGCUGGCGACUCUCGACACAGCCAACGUGCUUCAUCUGGCAGUAUUCGACCUGACCAAAAAGAAGGACCACUUUUGUCAGGUAGCCGAAUGGAAGCUGCCGAAAUCGGAUAUCUUCACCAGCGUGUGCUGGAACCAUGAUGGAACAGCCCUAGUGCUCAGCACAACUAACGGAACCCUCUAUAGAGUCAACACUCUCACUCAUCAGAUGGAUCCCUUUGGUGCCAUGAUUGGAGGAGCAGUGACCUCGGUUUCGGCAGCUCCCUGCGGCGACAACAUCUUUGCAAUUGCUCACAAAAGCGGCUCCAUCUCGGUGCUCAGAAUUACACACCAACUGGAAGUUUACCAUACAUUCAAGCUCAGUUCACGAGGCUCCGGUACCGACUUCUCCAAGGACAGCGAGUCCGAACCUGCCACAACUCCCGUCUACGCUCUUACAACGGCAUGGCACUACUCCUCAAGAGACCCCUCUAACCAGUCACUUGCCGCCAUAGACUCAAACAACAAGAUCCAGGUGUGGUCUGUGAGUCUCAAGUCCAUGGUGAGAAAGAUUCGGUGCUUUGGACUGCCUGAUGGAGCUCACACUGCGUCUCCCAUAUGGUGGACAAAGGGCGGAUCGCUGUUCCACGCCCUCAAUGACUCCCGAGUGUGCGUCCACAACGUUAAGACAUCGAACGUGUCAACCAAAAUCAUUUCGACCGGGAAAAUUGUGUCUUGCUGUAUCAAAAGCAACCGAGGCAAGGCCUGGAUGGCAACCACCGGGGGUAUCGAGUUCCUUGACCUUGUAGGAGGAGAUAAAAAGAUGGAAAACAGAAAGAGAGGAAGCGAUAGCAGCGAAGGGAGCGUCGAGCAAGUCAAGGAACUCGCUCUUCCUACACCUGAACUGCUACCUUCACCUCCCCGACCUCUUCCCAGACGAACGCCCUUGAUUCCCAUUCCUACAGAAGCUCCCCCUCCCCCUCCUCCUUCAGCUGGAGCCCAGUCCGACUCUUGGGACGAUGAAUCUGAUGGACCCUCCUCAGCAUUCUCAAACACCCGCAGCAGCAACACCUCCGCAGAUACUCUUCCUGGCUCCGAAUAUGAUGUGCCAGUGAAACCUCUCCUCAACUGUCGACCAAAGACCCGAUUCUCAGGACAGACCACGCCUACUAGAAACGAAAUGCUGCCUAUCGACACCUCGCGUAUCUCGCUUUUCCACAUUGUCAUGUCCGUACCGGACCCAAUGGCCGAAAAGGCUCUAUCUCCAAGCUUGUCUUGGGAAUCCCAGGCUCUCCGGGUGCUGUUUGACUGGGAGUCGUCUUGCUACGAACUUAUCCAGAGCCAGCGAACUGAAGACAACACCAUCGCCAACUUCUACCUCGGCCAAUGGCUCAACGACAGCGACUAUACUCUCAACAUUGACUCUCUGGAAAGCACUCUGUCACCCACACAAUCCACAGCUCUGCUAUGUCUGUCUCUACUUGAUAGAGAACCCACCAAGGUCGACAAGGCCAUCUCGGUGCACAUUUCCCGUGUCCGAAGACGCCUUCCCUCGGCUGCUCUCGAUACUCAUUAUGUCUGUACCACUCUUCUGUCUCUGGGACUGGCUCACCAGGCGAUUCAUGUCUACCAGCAGCUGGGAUUCUACAUGGAGGCAGUUAUUCUCGGAAUUCUCUACGCCCAGAGUAUCGAGGAGACGCUUGAUCUGUGGAUGUACUCUGCUGCCUCCAGUGACAUGUGGCCAGAUGGAGUUGUUCAUCGAUGCUCCGUUCUCAUGUCUCUGGUCAACCCACAGGUGUCCUACCCGGUCAACUUUGACGACACAGAUCUAGGCGGUAAUCUCCCCCCUAGCCUCAGAAAGCUGUCUCUAGAUGAUCUCCUCAAGUCUUCGCGAGACCAAAAUCUGCUUCUUGACUCGCCCAUGAUCCCCCAUGAGGAGUUCUCGGUCGGCAUUGACUCCCCUACCCUCAUGCCCAUUGACUUUGAUUUCAACAAACCCCCCAACUUCAGCAGACGGGGCCGAACGCCUAAAACUUCGCCCAAUCUGAUCUGA